CUUAGCCCCCCCCCCAGCCCUGCAUGCCCGGGCAGCGAGCAUGGCCCGCAGGCAGGAGCGGGCAGCGGGCAGCGGGGGCUGGCUGCCCUGGUUGGGGUUCGCCUUGCUGCCGCUGGCCGUGCCCCCCGCCGUCGCCCCCGGGGGUUGCCCGUCGGCUUGUUAUUGCGUGGCCACCCCGGAGCUGGUCCAGUGCCGGUACGAGAGGUUGGAAGAACCACCGAGGGAGCUGCCGGUCACCGUGCACAACCUCAGCAUCGUCGGGAGCAACCUGAGCGUCCUCCACCCGGCCGCCUUCGCCGCCCGCCCGCUGCCGGACCUCCGCCUGCUCCGCUUGCGCCACAAUAACAUCCAAACCAUCGAGGACAUGGCUCUGCAAGGCUUGCCCGCCCUCCGUACCCUCGACCUGAGCCACAACCCUUUGCUCUCGGUGGCCGCCGGCGCUUUCGCCGGCGCGCCGCUGCUGCGUACGCUGCAGCUGAACCAGGCGCUGCUGGCCGCCCCGUUGGAGGAGCAGCUCGCCCCGGCCCUGCGCAACCUCAGCUUGCGGCGCUUGGAGUUGGCGGGCAACGGGCUGCGGGCGCUGCCGGCCGCCCUGCUGCCCGCCGGCCUGGAGGAGCUGGACCUGCGUAACAACUCGCUGCAGCGGCUGGCGGCCGCCGAGCUGCGGAGCCUGGAAGCGCCGGGGUUGCGGGGCCUGCGGCUGACGUUGGGGGCCAACCCGUUGAGUUGCGACUGCGCCCUGCGCCCGUUCCUCGCCUGGCUGCGUGCCGCCGCCGCCCGCGUGCCCGACGCCCACGGCCUGCGCUGCGCCGGACCGCCGCCGCUGCGCGGGGCCACCCUGCUGCGCCUGCGGCCCGAGGGGCUGGCGUGCGCGGCCGCCGAGCCCGGUCGGCUGGAGACGGCUUCUUACGUCUUCUUCGGCAUCGUCUUGGCCCUCAUCGGCAUCGUCUUCCUCAUGGUGCUCUACCUGAACCGCCGCGGCAUCAAGCGUUGGCUCCACAACCUCCGCGAGGCUUGUCGCGACCAGAUGGAGGGCUACCACUACCGCUACGAGCAGGACGCCGAUCCACGCUGCACCAGCACCGUCGGCACCCCCGGCCUCUGACGGCACCCUCAGCAUCCCACCCUCGCCCCUCCGGCAUCCCCGGCAUCCACCCGCCAUGCCGCCCCUCGACGCCUCCGCUCCCGGCAUCCACCUCGCCCCAGCCCCGUUCCCAUCCCCUUGCCAUGGCACCGCCAAAAAUUAGUUUCUGAGGACGAGCCGGCCUCCGGGAUGGGUGCUGGGGUGCUUCAGAGUGGGGUGCACCCUCCCCGGAGGGCUCCAGACCGGCUCUCCCUGCCCGUGCCCUAAUCGACCCCGUAGCGCUGAUUCCCACAGGGGACCAGGCUGGAUCCGUUCCCCCCCCCCGCCCCAUCCCAGUGCCCACGGGCAGGGGGAAUCGCAUCGGAUCGGCCCCACGGGAUGCCGGCACACAGAGCCCCGAUGUUCCCGGGAGGAUUAUGAGCUGCUUCCCGCGCCUCCUCUCCAGCGGCAGGUUUCUUCGGCGGACUGCGGGAUGCCACGCUGCCGGCGGGGCUCGGCACCGCAUGCACGUGAGUGUUUGCUUGGCACGUCCCGGGAAGCAGCGGGCAAUACCUGAAACUGUCCUCCUGGAUGUUCCUGGAGCCUGGACUUGACUUUGACCAUGUACAGCUCUCUUUCCUAUUAGAUUUCUAUUUGACAGAUGCAAAACUUGAUUUCUUUUUUUUUUUUUUUUUUUGCUCCAAACACAGAGGAAAACACACCAUCCUGCCGCUCCCCUCGAGAAGCAAUGUGCUUUUCCGAGCCCAUUUAUCCAUUUGGUUCUGUUCGAUGACAUUUCCAGCUCUUUCCAGGCACAAAAUGAUGCAGCUGUGUAGGAAACGCCUCUGCCGGCUGCGUGCAUGUUCCCCAGGGCAUGCGGGGGCAGCCCUUUUCUGACUCUAAAAUAUAUCCUAGACUAGGCUGUCUCAGCACUUUGUAAUUCAAAAUGAGUGAAGCAAAAGCUCUCGACCUAGUUCACUCGCCCGUGUUUGCUUUAGAACCGUGCCUGUUACUAUAUCCUACAGCAAAUAUAUUGAAAGCUGCAUCCA